AUGUUCCUCAGAUUUGAUUGUAGAUUUCGUGGUUGUGGUGGUUGUGCGUGUCGGUCUACCGGGGCGUGUCGUACGGCGCAGUCCAUCACCGCCGCGUUUUCCCUCUUUCGCACGUCGAUGCACCGGUGCAGCAGCAUGGCACCUCUCACACAGCGUUGUUGCGGUGUGUCCGCGUCGUCUGCCAUACGGUCGUCGUCCUGGGAGGCGAGAACGAGGUCUUUUGUUCUUUUCUGCAUCGUCCUUCUCCUGCUGGCCUGCCACGCAGCCUGCGCCGCGUCGUCGACGGGCGAUGAAGGCAUCGAGCACGGGCACGCAAGUGGCAAGAGUGGCGCGGCAGCGCACAGCAUCGGCGGCAUCGCCGCACAGAGCACGAGCAAGCAGACCGGCGGAGCUGCCUCAGCACCAAUGCGUCACACAGCAGGGACAACACGUGCGGCCGGCCUGCUGACAUGCCAGGAGCUGUACGCCAAGCGCGCCUCGUCCUCCUCGCUGCCACUGUCUGGUGACUGCGUGCUCCCCCGCAUCAGCAAGGAGCUGAGCGGCGACCGCAGGGAUGACCUCCUGCAGCGAGCCUCAUCGGCGGAGGCGGCGGCGCGCAUCCUCACCUGGCACAUCGGUCCACGCACACCGGCGCACCAAGCCCCGCUGCAGAGCACGUUCCCGAGCUACUUCAUGAACGUCAGCACCGCUGCCGCCGCCACAGCUGAUGAAUCGCGGCUCUCCAGCGGCACCGUUGGGGGUGUGCAAGGAGAGCUGCUGCCGGAUGCUGCAACGGCGUGGCGCGUGCGCAGCUACAACGCCCUGUGCUCGGAUGAAGGACGUGCAACGGCUGGCUCUCUCUCCUCAGGCCGGCACCGCGGCACCGCCGGCGUCCGAAGUGGAGCGCACGGCAGCAAUGUACAAGCGGGCAAGAGAGGUGGUGACGCGUCAUCGUUGCCGUUCAUGAAGUGUAUGCGUGCCGUCGUGCAGCCCAUCGCCAGUGUUGUCGCAGCUGUCGUGGACGUGUCUGGAUUCGGGCAUUACGUCCGGUGCUCCGCCACGGAGGUCAUUGCCAACGUGCGCGUGUUUGCGUGGCGCAGCGGCACGGCGUGGGCGCAGGUUUUCAUGCGCCGACGGGUGGCUCUGCGCAUCCCUAUUGGAUCAUGGUCCGGCGGGGCAGCAGUAGCGGCGGCGGCGGCGGCUGAUGAGGGCGACACCAAAAGUGGUGCCGGCGGCGGCGAUGGCAAGGCAAAGAGCGGCAUGCCUGCUCACGUGAUGCUCUCCCGCAUGGCGAUGUCGACCCACGGCUCGGUCUCGCUCCUGCGCGUGAUUUCGUUUCCGCCCGUUGUGCAGCUCGUGCCGAGUACGCAGUCGAAGCCGGCAGCCGCGUCGUUUGUGUGCUCGCUACCGGCCGUCCACGAAGCCUCGCUGCUACUCGAGGAAGACGCGAUGGCGCGACGGCGAGAAGCCCGGCAGGCGGCGGUAGCGGCGGGAGUGGUGGUGUUUCCAAGAGGGCGGCGGCAGCGUGCACGCACAGGUCCGCCGUCGUCGCCGCCGAUCCCGCCGCUAUGGAUAGUGUCUAUCAUGAAGGAUGUAGUCUGCCUCGCCGCUCGCUUGCUCUCCGGCGUGAGCCGCGAGGACGACGCGGCAGCCGCCGCAGCGGCUGCGUGGUCGCGUGCGGCAUCUAUUUCGGCCGAUGACGGUGUCUCGAGGUCGGCUGCCGUUGCAGCUGCACGGGGAUUCCGGGCUCGUGUACGAGAGGAGCUGGGGCCCCAUCAGAACUUUGGUGAGUCCGUUCUCCCGAUCGCGCUCCAGCAGAUGCUCGGCAGUCGCACGAUGCACACGCACGCGCAACUCGUGGAGAACGAGGUGGUCGUGGCAGGCGAGGAGCACGAGACGUUUUACAUGCAGUGGGAAGCGUCGCUGCCGGCCGGUAAACCGAUGUGUCUCGCACUCGUCGCCCUGCCGCCGUCCUCGCCGGCCGUGGAGGCGGCCGCGGCGGACAUUCUGCUCCAGUCAAGCGCCGCAGCGGAUCAUCUUCCAGUGUCGUUGGAGGAGACGUGCAGCUUCGACAUUCUGUGGCUGCAGAUGCUAUUCAUGGCAUGGGUAGUGUGGCAGCUCGAGCGGCGCGUCGCGCAAAGCACUCUCGUGAAGCACCUGGUGACGGGCCUUAGCGGCGUGCUGCUGCUGCUGCUGCUGCUGCUCUGGUACGUGAUCCGCCGUUUGCAGGGCACCUCGUUCCAGCUGGCCAUGCUUGCCAUGGCGUUGCUGCUGGGUGGGUCGACGGCGAUGACGGACGGUCUUCUGAAUGUCGUGAAGAGCAUCCACUACAUAAUCAUGUCCCUGUCAGAGCCCGCGUCCGGCGGUGGGCGUGGGUGGGCCGGUGCUGAGGGCGGCGGCGACGCGGAUGACGACUCCUCCACUUCCGCACCGAGCGUCUUCGUGGUUCUCGGUUCUGGCCUUCUUGUGCUCGUGUGCGUCGGAAGCGGAAUCCUGCUCAACUGGCUCGUCCCGCCCGCUGUUCUGCGCGCCACAACGUUCUGGUGCGUGCGGGCGCUGCUCUGGACACUAUGGGGGCUGUGUGUGCUGCGUAACACCGAGGCGACAGUGGUAGCGGCUCUCCUGUGGACACUGUGGCAGGCGCGGUCGCUUGCGCGCGCCACACCGCGCUUCUCAUCACCGGCAAGGCGCGGCACGAGUGUUGAGUUUUCGGUCAACGAUCCGCUUGAAGAGGUGCCGCACGACGCUCGGCAAGCGCGUGGGUACGUGACACCGCUGGCGGUCUCCUCGUGGGCCGCCACCUCGGGCGGAAGCAACACAGGGUACGCCAGUCUGCGCACCUCGGGGGCCCGACUGAAGCGCUAUGAGGAGGAGGGUGCGGAGUACACUCGGUGCGCGCUGGAGAAGCUGGCAGCGCACCUGCGCGCCAAUCCUGGUCGCUACGCAACGCGACUUCUCGACCCGAAUGGCGUGCAGCAUUGGGCUGGCGCCGCGAGCACAGAGACGGACGAAGAGGCGGAAGAGGUGGCGGCGGCAUGA